AUGGGCGCCUAUCUCUAUGGGCGCCUAUAUCUAUGGGUGCCUAUCUCUUUGGGCGCCUAUCUCUAUGGGCGCCUAUCUCUAGGGGCGCCUAUCCCUAUGGGCGCCUAUCUCUAUGGGCGCCUAUCUCUAUGGGCGCCAAUCUCUAGAGGCGCCUAUCUCUUUGGGCGCCAAUCUCUAUGGGCGCCUAUCUCUAUGGGCGCCUAUCUCUAUGGGCGCCUAUCUCUAGGGGCGCCUAUCUCUAUGGGCGCCUAUCUCUAUGGGCGCCUAUCUCUAUGGGCGCCUAUCUCUACGGGCGCCUAUCUCUAUGGGCGCCUAUCUCUAGGGGCGCCUAUCUCUAGUGGCGCCUAUCUCUAUGGGCGCCUAUCUCUAGGGGCGCCUAUCUCUAUGGGCGGGCGCCUAUCUCUAGGGGCGCCUAUCUCUAUGGGCGCCUAUCUCUAUGGGCGCAUAUCUCUAUGGGCGCCUAUCUCUACGGGCGCCUAUCUCUAUGGGCGCCUAUCUCUAGGGGCGCCUAUCUCUUGUGGCGCCUAUCUCUAUGGGCGCCUAUCUCUAGGGGCGCCUAUCUCUAUGGGCGCCUAUCUCUAUGGGCGCCUAUCUCUAUGGGCGCCUAUCUCUAUGGGUGCCUAUCUCUUUGGGCGCCUAUCUCUAUGGGCGCCUAUCUCUAGGGGCGCCUAUCUCUAG